AUGGCCGAUGCAGCCAUGGCGAAGCAGGAGAAAUCAGAGUCGCAGGAAACACCCGAGGAAGAGAUGACUCAGACUCCCGUCAGGGAACCCCAGUUAGCAAAGGCGCCGCCGGUAUUAGCACCACCGGCUGCAGCUACCACGGUGAGCGCAGAGCUUUCCCCGCAGGACCUCGAGGCCUUUAGGGCCUGGCAGAGGCAACAAUCAGAGACUGCAGCGGCUGCCGCGCAGCCCACAUCGCCGCCGCCAAAGAAGCAAAAGACAGAGGAGGAAGAAGACCUAGCUGACGUUGAGCGCAAGCUCAUUGAUCUGGACAUCAACUUUGCAGAUCUGGACCCGGAGUUGCAAAACCGACUUCGCAGCAGCAAGAGCUCUCGAACUGAUUUUCUGGCGAUACACAGCACAGACAAAUGCUACAAUCCUGAAGAUGGCACCUGGAUGCCACAGCCAACGACCAAGAAGCGAGACUUUGGAGCCAUUGCGGGACGCGAAGUCCCCAAUAUUACUACAGAGGCCAACGUACAAUCAGCCAUGAUGAAGUACCACGAGCAGUCCAUUCUACCCAGCUCGGAUCAGCUUUAUCAGUGCUGCGAUGCUUUUUACAAGAUGGCACAGCAUGAGUUUGCCUUGACGCAGUACACGCUUGAGAGACAGGCGGCCCAAUUGCAGACACUGGAGCGCGCGCGUACCAACAAGACGGUUUUAUUGAUGGAUUUGCCACCUAUAUACAGCAAAAAGGUUCUUGACAACAAUAUUCAGUAUUAUCUUCAGCUUUCGAAUCUUUCCUGGGACACUAUAGCUGCUCUACACAACCAUAUGGUCACAUCACACACCUCAGUUGUGAGAGUGGAGUUUAUCACGGAACAGCAAGCCACACAAUUCCGAGAAGCGAUGCGACAAGGACGAAGAUAUUAG